GGGAAAAAAAACCUUCCCCCAGCAGCAGUCUCCAUCGUCAGGGAGAACUUAACUUUUAACACCCCAGAGUUCGGGUCUCAUGGGCAAACUCUUUGUAAAUGCUUUUUAAGAAAUCACACUCUAGGAAAUCGCACACUGGCUACUCGGCAGGUCCCGGCCUUGAGUCUUAUUUAAAAGGGUUUAAUUUCACUGGUGAACCUCCUUGGCUUCUCUGCACCUGAGUAGCAGCUCCUCCAAAUUCCAUCUCUUUCAUAUCCAUUUUACUCGUGACUCGUCAAAAAGACCUCCUGUCAUCAUGAACACAACUGUGCUCAAGAGCUCUGAGUUCUCUUAUCUGGAGGAGGGCUUCUCUGCUCGAGAUAUUCUUGAGCAGAAGAUAAAUGAGGCGUCCAUCACGGAUGACAGGGAUGCCUUCUUUGUGUGUGACUUGGGGGACCUACUGAAGAAACACCUGCGCUGGGUCCGGCUGCUGCCUCGCGUCACCCCUUUCUACGCUGUCAAGUGCAACAGCAGCCGCGAAGUGGUUGCUACUCUCGCGUCCCUGGGAACCGGCUUCGACUGUGCAAGCAAGGUAGAGAUUGAGCUCGUUCAGUCUUUGGGAGUGGAUCAAAGCAGAAUCAUCUAUGCCAACCCCUGCAAGCAAGUCUCCCAGAUAAAGUAUGCAUCAAACCACGGGGUUCAGACCAUGACCUUUGACAGUGAGGCAGAACUCGUCAAAGUGGCCAACUUCCAUAGCAAUGCCAAGCUGGUGCUGCGCAUUGCCACGGACGACUCCAAGUCAGUGUGUCGACUGAGCAUGAAGUUUGGGGCCUCUCUCAAAGCCUGCCGGGGUCUGCUGGAGCGUGCCAAGAAACUCGAUCUGAAUGUGAUUGGCGUCAGCUUCCAUGUUGGCAGCGGCUGCACUGAUCCUAAUGCCUUCACCCAGGCCAUCGCAGACGCCCGCUACGUCUUCGAUUUGGGGGCUGAACUGGGCUACAACAUGGAUCUGCUCGACAUCGGAGGAGGCUUUCCUGGCUCGGAUGACGUUGAACUGAAAUUCGAGGAGAUCGUAGCGGUGAUCAAUCCAGCCCUGGACAAGUACUUCCCCGCUGACUCUGGCAUCAACAUCAUUGCUGAGCCCGGACGCUACUAUGUGGCUUCUGCUUACACACUGGUGGUGAACAUCAUUGCCAAGAAGGUCAUUGUGGAUGAGGACUCGGCCUCUGAUGAGGAGGACGAAGGGACCGCUGACCGGACCCUGAUGUACUACAUUAACGACGGAAUGUAUGGAUCCUUCAACUGUAUACUGUUCGACCACGCUCACUGUUUACCGACACUGCACAAGAAGCCAAAGCCGGAUGAGGUCUUGUACCCCAGCAGCAUCUGGGGUCCGACGUGCGACGGUCUGGACCGCAUUGUGGAGCAGUGUAAACUACCAGACCUGCAGGUGGGCGACUGGCUGCUGUUUGAGAACAUGGGGGCCUACACUGUGGCAGCGUCCUCCACUUUCAACGGCUUCCAGGCGCCAGAGAUCAGCUACGUCAUGUCCCGCCCCGCAUGGCAAUAUUUGCAGCACAUCAGCAGCGGGGACUUGCCUGCUGCUCCGGAGGCGGCCUGCCCCCCCGAAAUGCCAGCCUGCUGCGGCCGCGAGAGCAACUUGGACGUGCCUCCCAAGCCGUGCCAGACCCACGUAGUUUGAACAGCCUGCGGCCGGUCCUAGCAUCUUAAGUAGUCGAAGCAGGUUCUCUUUUCUGCUAAUGUAAAAGAAACUUUUGAGGCCAGUUACUUGACAGGAGAACGAGAGGGACACGUUGUUGCACAUAUUGCUGCGUUCUGUACCGAGGCUGGGGAUCAAACCCUCAACGGAAUGAAUCCAAAUCACACUCCGAUUUUCUUUGUGGGCUUUCGGGGGUGUCUCGGCGCUCCCUGGGCUUGGGUGUGUUGCUGCAGCAGUCGUCCUCAGAGUGACUGCUCGCACUUGAGCAGUGCGACGAACUGUUACAUUAAAACAAAUACACGCCAUGACGCAAGGGGCUUGAAUCACUCCUAACAACAACGUGGCAGUGGCUACACCUGCUCACCUUUUCAAGACCCAGCUAACUGCUCAAACAGCUCAAGUUCACAACUCACAAGGAAGUAGUUGGAAGGCUGAUUUUCAUUCCUCAAAGAUGGCUGCUAUAUAUUCAUAUUUAUCUUUCCCAUGGUCUCCACUUCAGUACAGAACGCUUCAAGUGUUAAUCAUCAAGAUCGCAUCAUGCCAAAAUUAAUAAUCUAUAUUUUAGUCUUUGAUUAUGAGAAUUGUUGGCACCCCAAAACAAGUUGCACUCAAACCGUAGUGAGCACCGCGGCGCUCGGCCUGCAGUCUGUGCUGGUACAGCUGCAGGAGAGCGUCGCCACUUCUUACCGCCGCCUAAUGAUUUCGCAGGAGCCGCCGCAAUCAACUCUUAAAGGUUAACACAAAUCACAGGGACUCAAAAAGCAGACUGCUCCUCUCCUCUUCUCCUCUGUUGUAUUGUUCUUGUUUUGUUUUGUAACUUGUAAAAAG